UAUUGAUUUUAGAGGGCUUGUGUGUUUGGUUUGUGCGUGACCGGCUAUUAGAAAUUUUAUUAACGUUAAACGAAUUUUAGUGCGUUUUAGAAAAAUGGCUAGAGGAGGCAUGAGAGGUAGAGGCGGCAUGAACCGAGGCAUCGGCAGACCACCGUACAAAGUGAAAAUGUUCUUACCCCGACAUCCAUUUGAUUUGGCAUUAUGUGAAUUAUCUUUCCCACGUGUAAAGGCAGCCCCUGAUGAGACUAUAUUCACACAAGCCCUGCUGAAGCGUAAUGCUGACCUGUCUCCGACACCAGCUGAGCAGACAGCCAUUUUAAAUCUUGUUACUAAGAUUCAGACCGUGUUGGAUAAUCUGGUAGUUGCCCCGGGGAACUUUGAUGCUUGUCAGUUAGAUGAAGUCCGCCAAGUGGGCUCCUUCAAAAAAGGCACCAUGGUGACCGGGCAUAACGUAGCCGAUAUCGUGGUUAUACUCAAAACUUUACCGACUCGAGAAGCAGUCGAAGCGUUGGGCAACAAGGUCAAAGACGACCUGAAAAACCUGAUGAAAAACGAAAUCGUCGCUAAAGGUGAGCAACUAACCCACACCACGAACGAAAGGGGCAUCGAAAUAAGCAACUCUUACGCUUGCGUGAGAGUAAUGGUGACCACCCUCCAUCACAACAUCAGAAAACUCGACCCGGAAAUCCACCUGGACCAGAAAAUCAUGUUGAGCCACUUAGCAUCGAUUCGUCACAGCCGGUGGUUCGAAGAGAACGCCCAUCACUCCUCCAUAAAAGUCCUGAUCCGACUAUUAAGGGACGUCCGUAACAGGUUUGAGGGCUUCGAACCCCUGACCCCUUGGAUGCUCGAUUUGCUGGCGCACUUUGCCAUAAUGCACAACCCCAGCAGACAAGCCUUACCUAUAAACGUCGCCUUCCGUCGUGUCUUCCAGUUGCUAUCUGCCGGGUUGUUCCUUCCUGGUUCCGCCGGAAUUACGGAUCCUUGCGAAGGGGUCAGUCUAAGAAUCCACACGGCGAUGACGUUGGAGCAGCAGGACAUAUGCUGUCUGACCGCGCAGACCCUGCUUCGGGUGUUGUCGCACGGGGGAUACAAACACAUCUUGGGCUUGGAAGGGAACAGUUCCAUAGCUAAGGAGAUGUCGGUGUGGGACGGGGUGGUCGUGUCGCCCUUGGAUAAGGCGUACGAGAACCCCCCGGAGAAGAAGGAGGGCGAAGAUGAAGACGAGGAUAUGGAGGCCGAAGGUGACGAAAGUAUGGAAACUCAAGAGACGUGAGAGGUUUGAGUUUUUGCUUUUCUAUCCGUAAUUUUUUUUUGUAUUGUGAUUGAAUCUGUAAUUAUUUUAUGUGGGUACACGUAAUACUUCUGUUACCGUAGGUAUCCUUAGUUUAUUAUGUUCCACCUAAUUUAUGUUCUUAAGAAUAAAAGAUUUCUUAAUAAUAUUAAUAGUUAAUAAAUUUUCACACUUU